AUGACUGUCUACAUUAUACAUGAAAAUGAUGUAUGGUUGCCUCCAUUUCGAAAAGCAUUUGAAGCACUUAAAUUGCCUUUUAUAGAAUGGAAUCUAAGUGAAGCGCAUAGUUUUUCACUCGAUAAACAACCUGAGCAUGAUGCAAUAUAUUUUAAUCGCAUUUCACCAUCAUCUCAUACACGCAAUCAUCGUUUUUCCUGUGAAAUAACCAGUCAAGUUCUCGAUUAUCUUUCAUUACAUUCAUGUCGAAUUGUAAAUGAUCAACGAGCUCUUUCACUUGAAUUAUCUAAAGUAAAACAAUAUGUUGAAUUAACAAAAAGUCAAAUUCAUUCACCACGUACAGUAUUUGUUGCAAGUGCAACAUCACUUAAUCAAAAUGAAUCAACAAUAGCAAAAGAAAAUUUUCUCAAAAAAUUAAAAGAAAGUGCACGAGAAAACUUUUUUAAUGAAUCGACACGAAAAUGGACACCAUUUGUUAGUAAACAUAAUCGAGCUGGAAAAGGACUUGGUGUUCAUUUAUUUACUGAUGAUAAACAAGUUGAAAAACAAUUUGAAAAUUUAAUUAAUAAUACCGAUAAUAAUGAUGAUGAAGAAUUUUCAGUUGAUGGUAUUUAUCUUUUGCAAGAAUAUAUUAAAUCACCAAAACAAGUUAUUAAUCGAGCAGAAUUUAUUGGUUAUAAAUUAAUGUAUAUUAUUGAAGUUGAUACACGACAAGGUUUUCAAUUAUGUCCAAGUGAUGCAUGUCGUAAAACAGCUGAUUCAAAAUUAGUUAAACAAAGUGCUGAUGAAAUAAAACAUGGUUUCGAUAUACGAUCACAAGAUUCAUAUACCGAUAAAGAAAAACAACUUAUUGAACAAUUAGAAAAUUUUUUACGUGAACGACAAAUUGAAGUUGCUGGAAUUGAAUGGGUUGAUGAUGGAACAAAUGUUUAUGUUUAUGAUGUUAAUUGUAAUACAAAUUAUAAUGUUGCAGCUGAAACAAGAUUCUUUGGUGAUAUGUAUGGAACAGUUAAAUUAGGAGAAUAUUUUCAAAAACAAUUACAAAAAUAA